GACCUUGCCUAACCGACUUCCGCAAGGCAGCCUCACAGAAACAAUCAGAGUGCUCAGAGGGACACAGUUGCCGAGGAGUGCCUGCGAAUGGCUGACAGCUACAUUAAGGAAUCGGAUCUUUUUCCUGUGAAAGGGGAGACUGUGGAGUGGGGCUAUGAAGAAGGAGUUGAGUGGGGAUUAGUUUUUCCUGAUGCUAAUGGAGAAUACCAAUCUCCUAUUAACUUGAACUCAAGAGAAGCAAAAUAUGACCCCUUGCUACUUGAAGUAUGUUUAUCACCAAACUAUGUUGUGUGCCGUGACUGUGAAGUCAUCAAUGAUGGACACUCAGUUCAAAUCCUCUUAAAGUCCAAAUCAGUGUUAGUAGGAGGACCACUGCCUCGAGGGCAUGCAUUUGAACUGCAUGAUGUUCGAUUUCACUGGGGUAGAGAAAAUCAGCGUGGCUCUGAACACACUGUUAAUUUUAAAGCUUUCCCCAUGGAGCUCCAUCUAAUCCACUGGAACUCUACAAUGUUCCACAGUAUUGAUGAGGCAGUGGGAAAGAAGAAUGGCAUAGCCAUUAUUGCUUUAUUUGUGCAGAUAGGAAAGGAACAUUCAGGCCUAAAGGCUGUUACUGAAAUUCUGCAAGACAUUCAAUAUAAGGGAAAGUCCAAGACAAUACCGUGUUUUAACCCCAACACAUUAUUACCAGAUCCCCUGUUACGAGAUUAUUGGGUGUACGAAGGCUCCCUCACAGUUCCACCCUGCAGCGAAGGUGUUACAUGGAUCUUAUUUAGAUAUCCUUUAACUGUAUCCCAACUUCAGAUAGAAGAGUUUCGAAGACUGAGGACACAUGUUAAAGGGGCUGAACUCCUAGAAGGCAGCGAUGGAAUACUAGGAGAUAACUUUAGACCAACACAGCCACUUAGUGACAGAGUCAUAAGAGCUGCCUUCCAGUAGCAAAGACAAAUAGCAAAAAUAAUCAUAAUGCCCCCAGCAGAGAUGACUGAAGGUGAACCUUGAGGCCAUUCAUUAACAUCUCAGUGCAAGGAUACAAUCUGGAACACUGUUUUUAGACAGCCUUCAUUAUUGCACUGGACUCAGGUGAAUUUUAGCCUUUAUCAGAACAACCUCUGUCACCUGUGAAUCUUUUCUAAGUUCUGCAGACCCUUGGUAUGUGUUACACUGUUGCUCAGUUCAGAUGACAAUUUUCCAACUACUGCUGGUAACUUCAAGCACUCGGGUCAGUCCUUUAUAGUCUAACCCAGAAUCUACAAGCUGUCAAUUCCAUCUGGAACAGAGCACUUUGCAACUGGUUGAUUACAUGAUGUAUAUUAAUUUUAUGGUAAGAAAGCUGAAUUGAAAGUGUUUCUUGGGAUUUCUUCCCAUAUAGGAAGAAAAAACCCAACUAGCUAUUCUAUCCUUCUCACAUGUGAUUUUGUGUUCUUUGUGACUUGUCUAUUCCACUUCUGCAAUCAAAGGGGAGAGACCCACUUACUGUUGUGCUGGUUCCAGUGUGUCUCCAUCUCUGAUUUCUGAAAACAGGAGCAUAUGACACUAGACAACUCUGCCCCUUUUUACUCUAAAAGUUGGAUGGAUCAGGUCCAAUGCAUUUUUUUUAAAGAAUUCAGCUUCAGACAGAUUUCACAGCUGAUUGGUAGAUCCACCGGUUGCCCCUCCAGGUGUGGCCAAUGGAAAAUGCUGUAGGCUCAGGCAGAGACAGUGAUUGGCCCAACACUUUGUUAUGGGCGGUCUCGAAAGGUCAGAAGUCAGCAGGGGGAAAGAGAGCUAUGUCCAACCAAGGGCAGAGUUGCUUCAAAAUGCAGCUAGAAAAAACCAUUCUCAUUGCUUUUGAAGUGACUAAAGUGCCCACAGCCAAAGACUGGAAGAAUAGACCUGAAGGUAACUUACGGUGUCUACAGAUACACAGAGAGGGGUCACUGCACCCUGGCCUGGCUACCCAUUCACCAUGGUUUUGUUCUCUUUUGUUUUUGCCACACAUAGCUAACCCACUCUAGGUUUGGGGGACAUAAGUUCUGUUAGUUUGCAGUGCUGGUUGGCUGGCCACUGGCUGCUGCCACAUUGAAUCCUUCCUCUCUAGAACACUUCUGUUGUGUUUUCAAACUUGAUUCCUUUUGUCUUCUGCCUUUCAAUAAGAUACAAAUACUUAGUUGCUUAAAUGCAUGCAGGGCUUUGAAUAUUUUUUAAAGGGUAAAGAGCCACCCUACAGAUUUGGGGAAAGGGGCACAGAGCAGACAAUUUUAUUAGCAUUUGUUUUUCUGGUCAGAACACCUGGCAAAAAAAAAAUUGCAAAGGGAGCUGGAUUUGCUCUAAGAGACAUAAAACCUCAGAAAGCUUUUUUUAAAGGCACCUUUGUAUGCACCCUUCUACUAAUCCUUCUGACACCGUGAAGCCUACUCACUCACAUGUUAUACAAAUGAGCAUAAAAGGGGCUGCAGAAUUCUACCAACUGAUCUUGCCAUCCCAUACAUUCAGCAUGUGAAAGAGCACACACAUGUACACUUUGAAAAUGCAGAGACUCUUUCAUAAGAUGUGCUGAAUGCACACUGGAGUGGGAAAGAGACUAGCAGGCACAUUCAGACACGAUCCCACUCUCCCUCCCAUUUGCAUUCACUGUAAGGUAUGUAACAUACUGUACAUAGAACCCAAUAUCCUCUUUAAAAUGAGUUGAAAAGUGAAUAACAAAACCUGUGUGAUACUGGUAAAUAUGAAUCUCUUUAUAUUCCAUAUGAAUUAUGGUGAUUUACAAUUCCUAUACUUGGAUAAACAAUGAUAUAUGUUGCAAUAUAUCCCUGUGAAAUAAAACUGAAUUAAAGAGGUUAACUUCUGCAGGUUUGGCAUUUUUUAAAAUAGUCAUUGAUGUUUCUAGUCAAUAUAUAUAUAUAAGAACGCUUUGUGAAUUUCUGGACCACACUGAGUGGCCUGAGGG